AUGUUAUCCAUUUUAAGGCGAGGCGCGUUAGCCCUUGCGAAGCGGCCAGCCGGGAUCGUCGGAGCGCUCGUGCUGGGAAGCCUGGGUGCCGGCGGAGUCGCUGUAGCGGCGACAGACGGCGGUUUGAAGACGGACAGCCGGCACGUUAAGCGGCUGAUGCUUAGCGCCGAUGGGAUCGCCAGAUCGUCAAGAGCCGUGGGAACGUUCGCUAUGAACAGCAUCGACUACAAGGUGUCAGCAUUGGCCAAUUCGUUGGAUAAGCUCAAAACAGAAGCGCCGGCAGAAUAUGCACGAAUCCGCUCAGAGAUCCACCAGCGAUCAGCGGACAGGAUUCUACGGCUGUGUGAGGCGAAUCGUGGCAUUUACAUCAAAGCAGGGCAGUUUAUUGCAACUCUGCAGCAGCUGCCUCGGGAAUACCGCACGACCCUCACUGUUCUGCAGGAUCAGGCUAAGGGUCGUCCGUUCAAUGUGAUUGACCGCGUGUUCAAGGAGGAGUUUGGCAAGAGCGCAAAGGAGAUCUUCGUGCAUUUCGAGGAGGAGGCAAUAGCAGCAGCGUCACUGGCGCAGGUGCACCGAGCAACACUGCCAUCAGGGCAGGAAGUAGCCGUGAAGGUGCAGUAUCCACGUCUGGAGGAGCAGGUAGCAACGGACAUCUACACCAUGGGCUUCCUCUCCCGGGCCGUCAAGUGGAUAUUUCCCAACUACCAGUUCAGCUGGAUAGUGCCUCAGUUCCAGGAGAACCUUCAGCAGCAACUGGACUUUGAGAGGGAGGGGCGCAAUGCAGAGCUGACAGCGGAGAACUUUGCGCACAAGGAGGAGGUCAAAGUGCCCAAGAUACUGUGGGACUUCACCACCAAGAGAAUUCUGACAAUGGAAUUCAUGAAUGGCUGCAAGAUUGACGACUUGGAGGGCAUCAAGAAGCAGGGCCUCAACCCUCUAGAGGGCCUCAACCCUUUAGGGGUAUGCACAUCAUCGCCUUCCUGCCUGCCUAUUGCUCUCCUCUGUUUCCAUCAGGUGGCGGCGCUACUGGUGGAGGUGUUUGCAGAGAUGGUCUUCUGUCACGGCCACCUGCACGGCUCCAUGCCUAGUGCUGUCCUCUCGCUUCCUACUCCUCUUCCCCCGUUUCCCCUUCCCCUGUGCGCAGGUGGCGGCACUACUGGUGGAGGUGUUUGCAGAGAUGGUCUUCUGUCACGGCCACCUGCAUGGAGACCCCCACCCAGGCAAUGUGCUCAUUCAAGAACACGCACCCGGCACCACCAAGCCUGGACAGCGGAAGUUCGAUAUAGUUUUGCUAGAUCACGGGCUUUACAGGGAGAUGGACGAUGGGUUCAGAAGGGACUUCUGCCAGCUGUGGCGCUCACUCAUUCUGUCGGACAUGGCGGGAGUGCAGAGAUGGGGAGAGAGCCUGGGCGUGGGGGAGUAUUCACGCUUCCUCCCUGCGCUCUUCACUGCCCGACCUUUCCAAAGCAAAACGCGGUGGGGGCAGCGCAUGUCACCGGAGGAGGAGAAGAGCUUGAGGAGGGAGAUCAAGGCCAUCAGCCCUCAGGACAUGACAGCGGUGGUGGAGGGUUGCCUAAAGACAUGUUCCUGGUCAUGCGCACCGACAACCUCAUUCGGCAGCACAUCACAGCGCUGGGAGCAACGCCGAAGCUGAGGCUGCAGAUUAACGGGCGGUUUGCUGUAGCUGGGCUGGCAGUGCGUCACUCUGAGGAAGGCCACCUGACAUCCAACCUGGCUGCAUACCUGAGGGCACAGCUGGACUUGGCACAUUUGAUGCUCAGAAUUCGGGUGUGGGAGGUUGCGCAGACAAUAAUCGACCUAGUGGUUCGCACUCCAAUCACGCUACGAUCCUCUGCCGCUGGAUAUUCGCGCAGUAACCCGCGGCCCGGGGACCGCUCCGUGAAAUGCUCGAGGAUAUCGGGCAGUCAACGGAUUCAACGCAUUCACGGAGGUCAAGACAAGCUGGUAACGCACAGUGGAAGAGGGCUCGAGGCGCGUAGCACUGUUGCGGAGGAGCCCAGUGUAACUCAGCGAAUUUCGCAGCGGAAUGAUGACGGCACGUCGCCAGACUCGAGAGUCUUUGCGCGGCACGACUGCGAUAACCUAGGGAUUUCCGCGGCUCGAGUUACGGACGAAGCUUCGCGCCGCGUGCAGCUCGAUCAGAAUCUAUUCGAGCUCCUACACCAAUCGAAUUCUUUCUUCGCGUCGCGGUCUCUCCUCGUGGCGGCUGCGUCGCUGACAGCGGCGGCGGCGCUUGUCUUCUUGCACGUAGACACCGCCGCAGCCGCCGCAGCCGCUGCUGACGCCACGGCCGCCGCCUCAGCCGCCAUUUCUGGUGACGACGCGGUUGCCGCCGCCGCCACGUGGACCAAUCCCCUUCAGCAGGUCGUGGCAGCGGUCGAGCAAGGCGGCGACGCGGCGGGACCGCUAGGCGGCGCCGUCUAUUUCGCUGCCGCGUACGCUAUCGCCGCGGUGCUUCUAGUCCCCGCGUCCAUCCUAACUCUCGCGUCGGGUUACCUCUUUGGAGCCGCGCGCGGCACGGCGAUCACUCUAAUCGCCGCGACGCUCGGCGCGUCCGUUUCGUUUCUCAUCGCGCGGUACGCGGCGCGGCCGUUCGUGGCGCGGCAGCUCGCGGGGCGGCUCGGGGAAGGGCGGUUCGAGGCGCUGGAUCGCGCAAUCUCAGUGGGCGGGUGGCGAAUCGUGCUACUAUGCCGACUAUCACCCAUCUUCCCGUUUUCGAUCUUAAACUACGUGUUCGGCAUCACAGGUAAGAUCUAA